AUAUUCCUCUACGGGCAACAUUUCAACCUUGGCAGAGUUAGAGUUCAUCUUGUUUUUUCUAAAUGACGUGGCAACAUUUCAACCGUAGUAGAUUAGCAGUCGUUGCACGGCACAGCAACACAAGCCAAGUCUAAUCUCGUGAAUGUAGAACUUUCCAAGGACGAACUUUCCCAGGACGAACUUGUUGACGAGCUGUGAAUGUAGAACUUUCCCAGGACGAACUUGUUGACGAGCUGUGAAUGUAGAACUUUCCCAGACGUGCACCAACCGUCUCCUUCUACUUUUGAUGCUUUUACUGCAUUCUCCAUUUGCUUGCCUUCCCUAUAAGUACUACAGAUUCAUUUUCUUUGAUUGUACUCGGAACCCCCCUCCUCCUCUUUCUGUCUCUCUCUGAAACUCAAACGCACAUUCAGCAAUGGAUUCAAGCACCAAUGAAAUAACCUACGAAUUCCUACCCUAUUUCAGAUUUUACAACGAUGGCCGCAUCGAGAGAUUGGGGAAGUUCGGGGCCCCUGAAAUUGCUCCCACUGGCCUAGACCCCAAAACCCAUGUCCAAACCAAAGACGUCGUCGUCUCAUCGGAAUCCGGUGUAUCAGCCCGGCUCUUCCUCCCAAAAAACAGCCACCCAGAUCACAAGUUGCCGCUCGUCGUUCACUACCACGGUGGAGCCUUCUGCAUUGGAUCCCCUCGCAACAAGAACUUCCACAAUUUCCUUGCAUCUCUCGCCGCAGAGGCCAAUGCCAUUGUUAUCUCCGUUGUCUAUAGGCUUGCCCCGGAGCACCCUCUACCAACCGCGCAUCAGGACUCGUUUGCCGCGCUGCAGUGGAUCGCUACCCACUCUAACGGCCAAGGACCCGACCCGUGGCUUAACGAGUAUGCGGAUUUCGGGCGGGUUUUCUUGGCGGGGGAGAGCGCCGGGGCCAACAUAGCCCACUACGUGGCAGUUCAAGCUGGUGCCACCAAAUUGGUUGGUCCUAACAUUGUCGGGUUACUCAUAUUGCACCCAUAUUUCGGUGGCAAGGAGAUACCUAAAUUGUACAGUUUACUAUAUCCAACGGGCAGCGGGUUUAGUGACCCGAUAAUUUACCCGGAAAUUGACCCGAAUUUGUCGGGUAUGGCUGGUGCGAAGGUGCUUGUUUGUGUGGCUGAAAAAGAUUCAUUGCGAGAUAUAGGAGUGGCUUAUUCUGAGACUUUAAGAAAGAGUGGGUGGGGUGGGACCCUGUCUGUUUAUGAAACGGAAGGAGAGGACCAUGGAUUUUUUCUAGCGAAUCCUAGUAGUCACAACGUGGAGCCCCUCAUUAAGGCCAUGGCUGAUUUUAUAAAUCAUGACUGAUUUAUUUUGUUUGUUAUGUUGCCCUAAUUUUUUUUUUUUUUUUAAUGAAAAUU